AUGACUCCGAUUUCAGAUGAUCACAUAGCGUCUACUUCAACCUCUGCUUUGCACUCUUCUGUGUGCCUUGGCGAUGACCAACCCGGCAGCUCUGCAAAGCGAGCCAAAAUACCAUGGCGAGGCAACCUUCGCAGGCGUUCUAAAAGAGCCUCUGCGUCUCGACAGAGCCCGCAUCGAAAAGCUACUCGCAAUGCAGCCGACGGCGCUGCAACUUCCAUUCGACGGUACCAGGAGACCACGGCUGAGAAAACCGCUCGUAACGCAGCGAAAGCUGCGGCAACGUCCAUUCGACGGUCCCAGGAAUCCAGCACGCCAUGCAGCCGACGCCACUGCAACUUCUGCUGCAAGGGCGUCGGAAAGUUCAAAAGCGCACAAGGCGACGGUAAGGUACAGUUGCCACCUUUUCAAGAGCUACCUGCUCCGUUGAAAGCUCUGUUAGAGGGUUCCAGUCCAGACUCCAAACAUUUCCUCGCAAAAACCAGACGGUACAAUUGUGCCUUCCAGAUGACCUCUUUUGGUGGUAAUGCCUUCCGUGAAGUCGGUUGGAAUCCCACCUUCAAGGUUCAAGGUCAGGUUUACCACCGGAUUGGAUCUCUUUUGCCAGAAACUGCCACUGAUUCGGCCAUUCUACAAAUAUACUACAAUCAACGGGCAGAUACCCGCAUGGGCAUUAUUCCCGAGAACGAUACAGGCCAGGACAAUCAUCCUCGCAGGGAUAUCAUAAUGAGCCUCCAACAAAUGCUCCACGAGACAAAGAGCUAUGUCCGCAGUUUUAAGUAUGCUCUCGAAAAUUACACUUCUUCUGAUUUCAUUAUUGUAAUUGAUGCUGGCAAACGGCCUCAGGGAGAGCACGAACGUCGUUACAAUGCUCCCGCAAAUAAUGCUCCAGUGACAUAUUUUAAAAAAAGGAAUGAUACUUUUUUUUUUUUCUUAAAUUGUGACUGGGUCAUUAAUCGAUGCCGUUCCGACGUGACCAAUCGGCGGCAACGGUUGGAAAGCGCGCAUGUGUGCUUCUCUUUUGUGAGGAUAAAAUUUGAAUGUUCGCAUUCUCACGCCUCUAUUGUGAACAUCAUGUCUCGACGAAGACCUCGUAGUGAUUCUUUUAGCGAUGAUGAAGACACUCGCACUAGGAAAAGACGGCGUACCACAGAAAAUUUGGAUAUUGAAGUACGACUAGAGUCAUUGAUAACAAGAGUUGGGGAAAGAAGUACAUCUUCACUGGAAAGUAACUUGGAAGGGCUUGCGAGUGUGUUGGAAACUGAUUUGCCAAAUUACAAACACAAAAUAUUGAAGAUUUUAUGUGAUUGUGUCAUUAGACUUCCAGAAAAGCAGACUGUUUACACAACACUCGUUGGUUUGCUGAAUGCAAAAAAUUACAAUUGUGGAGGCGAGUUUGUGGAGUUGCUUGUCCGUAAUUUGAAGGAGGUUCUGAAAAUUGGAGCAUUUGAGUAUGCUCGUUCCAUGGUUCGUUUUCUGAGUGAUCUUGUGAAUUGUCAUGUGAUUGUAGCUGGCUCUUUGUUGUCAAUGUUUGAUAACUUUGUAGAAGUGACAUUAGAAGAAAAUAUACCACAGGUGCGAUCAGAUUUCUAUGUGCAUGUUGUUUUGGCAGCUCUUCCUUGGGUUGGAAGAGAACUAUAUGAAAAGAAAGAAACAGAGCUUGAUAAACUACUAGCUACAAUAGAAAGCUACCUCAGAUCUCACUGA